AAGUUUUAGGUGUUGUGGAUACUAGGAUAAACUUACGAAUGAAAUAAGUUAAGGGUCAUGUAUAUUCACGAGUGGGGUUGCGAGGAAGUAAAAGUUUGGUUGAAAUCUGAGGGUUUUGAAAAAUAUUCUGAGUUGCUUUGUGAGAAGCAUGAGGUGGAUGGAGACGUUUUGUUGUCGUUGACUGAAAAAGAUCUCCGGAAUCCUCCUUUGCAAUUCAAGAAGUUAAGCGACAUAAAGAAAUUGUGGCGAUGUUUGAAACUUUUGCAACAAAAAAGUAAAAUUGAGCGUCGUGUAUUAAAUGGAGUGUCUCACCACAAGAGGAGCCAGAUAUACACAACAACCACCAACAACAACCAUCAUAGCGACGAUGGUAGGGGUUCAAGUUACGACGAGACGGAUCAUUCUUCGUACAUUGAUAGCGACAUAGAGGUCUCUAUGAGGUCACGGGGCAAAGAUGUCGCCUUCUUACCAGAACUCAAUAAAUUGUUUGUGAGCUUUCUAUACGCGACCUUUGUGUCGUGGGUCACCGCAUACAUGAUGGUUCUCGUGCAUGAGCGAGUACCCGACAAACAGAAGUACCCCCCUCUCCCCGACAUUUUCCUCGAUAACGUCCCGUUGAUCCCGUACGCUUUCCAACUUGCCGAGUUAUGCGGGCUCUCCCUUGCCAUCGUGUGGCUGUUCAUUCUGUUCUUCCAUAAACACAGAAUGAUCCUUCUGCGUCGUUUCUUCAGCAUCGCGAGCUCCGUUUUUCUCCUAAGGUCCGUCACCAUCAUUGUGACAUCACUGUCGGUACCGGGGCAACAUUUACAAUGUUCAGCGAUGUAUCACUCAGCAUGGCAGCGGUUCGUGCGCGCGACUGAAAUUGUAGCUGGGUUCGGUAUGACACUCACUGGUGUACAUACUUGUGGUGAUUAUAUGUUUAGUGGUCACACAGCGUACUUAACUUUGUUCAAUCAUCUUAUUACUGAAUACACCCCAAGUAAAUAUUAUCGUCUUCAUACAUUUUCCUGGGUUCUUAAUUUGUUUGGAAUAUUCUUUGUGCUCGCUGCUCAUGAACAUUAUUCCAUUGACGUAGUGAUUGCAUUCUACAUAACAUCGAGAAUAUUCUUAUAUUACCACAUGCUCGCCAACACAAGGUGUUAUUGGUACAGCAAACGUGUAAAGAUUUGGUUUCCAUUGCUUUCAUACUUUGAAUGCAACGUACCCGGGAAGAUUCCUAAUGAAUAUUGUUGGCCUGUUACAAGGUCGGAUGUUAAAAGGUGGAUUCAACCUUUGUAUAAAAAGAACAAGUGAAACAACCAUGGUGUAAUUACAUGCAUUGAUUUAGAUUAAUUUCGAAGAAUUUUCUUCGAUAUUGGUAACUGCUGUUUAAAUAGUACAACAGGCUUAAGUAAGACUUUGAAUUGUGAUGAUAUUUCACAGGUUGCGGCCUACACAUGUUUUGUACGAGUUUUUGACCUAUUUUAGUAAAAACUGUUUGAUUGCGUAAUACUCAAAAUUGUGGGUGUUUGUAUAUAAUAUGAUUUUCUGUUAACUCUGCCACCAGGCAAAAUGCAAAAGAAUCUUUUUCAGUUCAUCUGGUACAAAAGCAUUAAUUUUAUCUCAAUGCGAAACUUUUAUUUAGUAAGAUCUAUCAGGAAACAUGACGCUAAGUAUUAAAUAUCACUAAAAUAAAUAUCAAUAUAAAGUUUAUACCAAAUGAGGCGAAAAACUAUUGCAUUUUAUAACACGUUGUAAUUACAGUUAAAACUACAGUAUAAGACCAAGCAUAUGUUUUGUAACUUAGUGGAAAGAAACCGCUUAUUUUUAAUUUUUAUUUGCCUUAUAUUCAUUGAGAUUGUCUGUGUUAAAAGAUUGUUCUGUAAAUUGCAACAAAUAAGAAAAGGUCGUGUUAAAACACAAACAGCAUACCAAACAUUUGGAUAAAGAGCAAACAAUAUACCACCAUGUUAAUUGA